AUGACCUUCCUAACAAGAGAACAACAUAGUGGUGAAUAUCGUGGUGAACAUCGUGAUUAUUUUACCAGAAAUAAUGUGCAAGUCAAAAAUAUGGAAGUCAAAAAAACUGCCUCACAAUUACUUCAAGAGGUCGUCCAAAAACACGCGCAAGAAAAGAUUGCAGAUCAACUCAAAAUUGCAUCACUCGAAGUCGAAAAUAAAUUACCUCGUGAAAAAUUAGGUGAUAGAGAACAAUUACGUAACAACAAUCAAUAA